GGAUUUCACUGACUUUGGCCCCAAAACACUGUUGCAUCUCACUGGACUUUGCAGUUUCACACUCAUCACUUGCUGUUUAAACACUAGUCGGCCGCGGCUUUCAGAUACCGAGUGUUCACUGAAAUUUCCCUCAAAGGGCUGCGCUUGGCGGCUGAGCCCCAUUUUCCACACUAUCAAGCGCUUGAAACCAAAACGCCACACUAGUAAUUUGUUAAACCGACGCGCUAAGUUGCCCCAUUCACAGUUAUGGAGAAGUCACUUUGUACCCUGAACAGUAUCAGCCAGCAACGAGGACACUUGAAAACUCCCAAUGAGGAGCUUGUUAUACAUUAUAGAAUCAAUUUCAAAUACGUUUGCCUCUGCACGGCCUUCAUCCCUCUUGGGGCCCUUUUGGUAUGUCUUCUAUCCGCUUAUAUCUUCCAAUUUGACGAUGUGCACGAAACACAUUGCAAAGUUUUCAACAUUGUGCCAUCGAUAAGUGCAGUGACCGGCAUAAGCCCGCAGCGAUAUAUCUGGCGCAUUAGUGCAGCACUCCACAUUGGACCAAGAGUUAUUAUAUCUGCUGUGUACAAUGCAUAUCAACUUAGCAUGAUCAACCCUUUAGCAGAUCUUGAAGUGAAAUCCAGGGCACAACUUUGGUUAAAUACUGCAUAUCUGCUCAACUUAAUUGAGGCAGGGGCAUUGUGUGGAGUAUCAUAUAUUUCAAAUAGAGACAACUAUCCGAUUCAUGAAAAGCUCUUCAUAACAUUUAUGGUGAGCAGUUUGUCGCACAUGGUGGCCUGCAUUCGGGGCACUAAACUGGCAGCUGAUUCCAGAAAGGAUCUAGAGUCAAUUAAAGCAGGUCUAAAGUACAAGCAAAACCUGUUAGUCUUGUCUCUGAUUUCCACAGCUGGGUUGCUGAUUUUCUUCAUUCAGCAUCGGUUCUUUUGCCUUAGAAUGGGUACGUUGUUGCCUCAAAACUCCAGGCUGAUUAGUAACGAUGUUGUUUCAGCAUUUAGCCUGUUUGCCCUGUGCGAAUAUGUUAUUGCUGCGGCCAAUAUGGCCUUUCAUGUGUCGGUUAUUUCGGAUUUUCCGACUGAGGAGCUGAUGGUAGGCAAGUUUAUUUCUACUGCUGGAAACACCCAUAAGGUUGAAUGAAUCCAUGAUUUCUAGUAGUGGUUCAUUGCGACAAAACUAUACAUUUUGUGAUACUAAUUGUUGAUAUUGUACUAGUCAUUUACUUUGAUGCAUUUAUUUUUAUGUGGGGAAAUUCUGAGUGUUAUUGAAGAUGUUUCGACACUCUAUCACAAUUUGAGAGAUUCACGUGUUGAAACCAUCUGCAAACUGCCUUGGAAUGAGACCUGAAAACAAUAGUUCUCCAAAGGAAUAUUGCAUUUUCGUUACUAUUUUAUAGCUUUUAAGGCCAGUUAUACUACGACCAAAUUAAGCAGGAUCUGAUCUGAAAAUACUCCCAAAAAACUUCCUUUGAGUACAAACUAAAGUUAUAAUUAAUUAUACGUGGAAGUGUUACUUUUCACAACACUCCACAAUUUAUGUCGUUAUCUAAGUGUUUUACUACGUCUGUCUUCGGUUGUUUUAAGCGUAUAACAUUUCUUGAAUUAUCUUUCAUAGCAAUACUUAUAGACAUUAAGAACAAUACGUAAAAAGGGACGAUUGUACUUAAAACAUACUUGUAUGUACUUAAGUAAUCGCCAUUGUCGAGGCUCGAAUCUCCAUGCACUUUUUCCCAACUGGUUCAAUUAAACGAAUGGCUUUUGCACAAAAUUUAAAUUGGAUGGACCAUUUCCUAUUUUAAAUACAAGUUGUGUUUUGCACAAAACCCUGAUGGUUUAUAAAUUAUAAGGAAUAUUUAAUAUUGCGAUCUCUUUGUAGGCGUCAAUACUCAAUUUUAAGACGAACAGUUUUAACUGUAGAUUUACGAAGCACUGUUAAAAUCUUCCAGUUUGGCAAUAUGAUAAAAUUAGUUGUUAAGUAGUAGUUUUAGUCGAUUUUCCUGACGGAGUCCAUGUAGUUUUCAAAUAAUUAAUAUUAUUAGGUUGUAGUCAAGCAACUAGACUUUAUAGCGAAUCUCUUAAUGUUAAAUCUAACAAUUAAGUAAGUAUAAGCACUAAAGUGGAAUGCCUUAUUAUUGAAUUGCAUAUUUUCUCUUAUUAGGAGCUUCCUUAGAAUGAUAAUCAACUGCCUUUUUAGCAAUAAUUCGAAUUGUAUUUGCAUAUAAAUAUAUAUAUUAUAAAAGCCUUA